CCGGCCGUGCCGUUGUGGCGUCCCUGUGGCCGCCGCAGCGCCUGAACCCACGGACGCGGCGCACAGACCCCAGGCUCCGGGUGUCCUUUGCUGUAGCUGCUGCUUCUGACUCAGAAACGAGCUCUUGCCCCUGUUCUUUGCCUCUGGUUUUGUUGGUGAGGAUAUCACAGUGAUGUCUGCAUUCAACCUGCUGCAUUUGGUGACAAAGAGCCAGCCAGUGGCCCUGCGAGCCUGUGGGCUUCCCUCAGGGUCAUGUAGGGAUAAAAAGGACUGUAAGGUGGUCUUUUCCCAGGAGGAGCUGAGGAAGCGGCUGACACCCUUGCAGUACCAUGUCACUCAGGAGAAGGGGACUGAAAGUGCCUUUGAGGGGGAGUACACACAUCAUAAAGCUCAAGGAAUAUACAAAUGUGUUGUUUGUGGAACUCCUUUAUUCAAGUCAGAAACAAAGUUUGACUCCAAUUCAGGUUGGCCUGCCUUCUAUGAUGUGAUCAGUCCUGAUGCAAUUACUUUCAAUGAUGAUUUCUCCUAUGGGAUGCACCGGAUUGAAAUAUCCUGCAGUCAGUGUGGUGCUCACCUGGGGCAUAUUUUUGACGAUGGACCUCGCCCAACUGGCAAACGGUACUGCACAAACUCUGCUUCGUUAUCUUUCAAGCCAGCAGACAAGAGCAACGCUGGAGAAGGCAGUGGUAACGCCAGUCCUGCCCAAACAGGCAAAGCUGAGCUGUAGGACGAAGCAAAGGCUGCAGAAGACUGCGCUGAUCCCACACAGCUUACAAGGAAUGUUUUCUAAGUUGCCUGCUCUCUUAUAUCCUAAGAAUGUUUAAAUGUAUGAAAGCAUUUUGCACCAUCCUCCUUCUUCCUCACCUUUUCGGAACUGAGGCCUUGCCUGCUGGUGCAUUUACUAUAUAAUUGGAUUGAAAAACGUGUUGACUGACUCCACAGGUUUUCUUUUCCUUUCUUUUCUUUGAGAUUGCUUUGGGGAAUCCUUAAAUCGAGAGGCUUUGGAAUCAUUAGUUAUUAGUUUUUUCCUAGUGCUGUGUUACUCUAGGUUUGAACACUAUUCCUUUUUGUGUGGGAGGUGGGACUUGUGUUUAUCUCCAGUCUAUAGUAAACUUCUGGGCAUAAGAAAAUCCUGAAUUCCUAGCACAUCUCUGCUUUGUUCUGACUUGCGAGGCAUGCAGCCUUUGGUCAUAUGUAUUCAGCCAUCUCCCAGCAUCAGCCGCACCCUGCAAAAACUUGUAGUUAUGGCUGUUCCUUCCCAACUGAGAGAGAUGGAUGAGAUGUAAAGCCCAUCCUUUGGCUAAUUUACUGCCAAAAUUUCACGGGUGUAUUUGAAAGGAUGUAAACAUUGUCUCAGCAUCUAUUUUUCCCCUUUGUUUGGUAUUUAAAUCAAGGUUUUAACCAGUAAGGCUCACUUUUGCGGGCUACUAAUGAGGCUUUGUCUUUUUGUGAGGCCUAUUCAGCAACCGUAACUCAAAUCUGAAUUAAAGUUGAAAUCUGCAGGGGGUAAUUAUAUGGACAAGUGCAGAGAUAAACUUGAGAAGUGAAGUAGAUGAGGGAUGACACUAGGCUCUUCAUCUUGUCGCUUGUUACAAGGAUUCAGAAACAUAUGACAGUUUCUGCUAAAAGGGAGUUUAGGAAUGAAUGCAGCAGAAAGAGGGAGACCCUCCUGAAGUAUCCGAUUUUAAAGAUUAGCUGGUCUGGAUGCAUACUGCCUACAAGGCCACAGCCUUUAAUUUGUGCAAUUGCGGUGUAGGACAUGAGUGAGGGGGUUGGUUUAAGAAAGAAAUUUGAAAAAAGCCUGUCAGAGCUCCAGAAAUUUUCAUGUAGCAAAAUUUGCUGUCCCAUAAGAUGUUUUUCACAGCUGCUUUUAGAUUUUGUUGAAUAACAGUGUGUCUAGAAUUGUGCAUAAUACUGUUCUUUAAGCUAUACUAUACAGUAUUUGCUAACACCACUUUGCCUUUAAGCAUUGAGAGACAAUGAAUAUAGUAUUUACUUUUAUUAGCAAACUUUGUGACUAACAUAUUUGGAUCAAAUUUUAUUUCUAGUAGGAGCAAAGCAACCACUGAUUUUUAUGGAAGCAGGAUUGAGGUUUUUAUGUCAGUGAUAAUAAACAUUAUCUAAAGUACAAACAUCCUUCACUUAAAAUAUAGCUACUGUAAAAGCAUACGGAAUGGUCAGAAUUGCCUUUUUUUAGCAA